UGUCUGAUUGGACUAGGACUGUAUGCUGUCAUUCAAUUCUGACCGAGCGCAGAGUUUUUCUUGCCUUUCAUUCUCGAUUUGAUUCGAUUCGAAGUGAUUUGGGCGCAAGUGUGAAAAUCGUCAUUGGGUGUCGGAGUCGUCGCGAUUUAAAUUCGAUUGGAUUUGUCGUCGCCAUUCGUGCGAAAUCUUCACUGUCGACGUAAUUUCAGUAGAAAAAGUUGAAAAAUCUCUUCGACUUGCCGUAGCGGUCGCGCGUUUGGUUAUUGAAAUACUCUCGGGGCGGCGAUCAUUGGCUAAAAACAUAAAAAACUUGACAGAACGGCAUUGGCGACGUCGACGACGGCGGUGGCCGCGAGCAAGAAUAUCUGACGGGACGGCAAAUCGCCAACAAGAUCUGGCGGGCGACGGCGGUUCUUCGAUUCGAUCGGGAAAAUUCAAUUUGUUUGCGGUUCCCUGAGCUGAGGGUUUCGUCCUUUAAAACCUUCAGAGUGCAUGGAUUUAGAAGAGCUGCUGGGUAAAUGCACAGGACAGGCUCCUCGCUUCCCUCGAGUCCUUGAAGUGGAAAUUCUCUGCGGUGCAGCUUUCAGUGUUUUCCAGUUGGGAGAACGGAAAUCUCCAUCGCGAAAGAGUGAAAAGUCGAUUUUCAUACGUGCAAAGUGAAAUUCCAAUAAUUAUACGGCUGUUCCGAGGAGCGGUGUUAGUGCGCAGUGCCAGUGUGUGCGUGUGGGUGAAUGUUUUGAAAAAUCAGAAGGCAACGGAGAAUUCAGCGACGUUAGCGACAGCGUGAGCCACCAGCGAGGAUACUCAGGCAGAUUUAGGGACGCAGUGAAAUGGCCGGACACGGGCAAACUAUCAACGACAGGCUGCUUGCGGCGAGGCACAGUCUCGCGGGGCAAGGACUCGCCAAGUCCGUCUGCAAGGCGACCACAGAGGAGAUGAUUGGACCCAAGAAGAAGCACUUGGACUAUCUCGUUCACUGUACAAAUGAACCAAAUGUAUCGAUUCCACACUUGGCCAAUUUACUUAUUGAAAGAUCACAGAACACAAAUUGGGUGGUAGUUUAUAAGGCUCUUAUCACAGUCCAUCACUUGCUUGCGUAUGGAAAUGAGAGAUUCAUGCAAUACUUAGCUUCUAGUAAUUCUACAUUUAAUUUAAGUAAUUUUUUGGAUAAGGGAGGAGUACAAGGCGCCGUUGGAGCAAGACUCGGAUAUGAUAUGUCACCAUUUAUAAGACGCUACGCCAAGUACUUGAACGAAAAAGCUCUCUCAUAUCGUACAGUUGCAUUUGAUUUCUGCAAAGUGAAAAGAGGGAAAGAAGAAGGAUCAUUGCGAACCAUGAAUGCCGAUAAAUUACUCAAAACUUUGCCGGUGCUGCAAGCGCAACUAGAUGCGUUACUAGAAUUUGAUUGUACUUCAAACGAUUUAUCAAAUGGUGUUAUCAACAUGUGUUUUAUGUUACUAUUCCGCGAUCUCAUCCGUUUGUUUGCUUGCUAUAAUGACGGUAUCAUAAACCUACUUGAGAAAUAUUUCGAUAUGAAUAAGAAACAAUGCCGAGAUGCUCUUGACCUCUAUAAAAAAUUCUUAGUGCGUAUGGAUCGUGUAGGAGAAUUUCUGAAAGUUGCUGAGAACGUCGGAAUAGAUAAAGGAGAUAUUCCAGAUCUAACGAAAGCACCGAGUUCUUUGCUUGAAGCUCUAGAACAACACUUGGCCACUCUUGAGGGUAAAAAAGGGUCAGCGGCGAAUACGCCAACACAGUCCGCAAGCAACCAGAAGAACGUAAAAAGUGGUGUGUCUGCCCUAUCUUCUACUAGCUCGUCAUUUGGAACGGCUGCCGCUUCCACAAGAUUCGACUCGCAUACAAAUGGUAUUGAUGAAACUAUAAAGGCUCAGGCACUAGCCGAGGAGGAAGCUGCCAUGAAUCAGUAUAAGGCAAGUACGGCUAUUGAAAUUGUCGAUUUGGACGAUGAUAAAAACGUCUUCCCACAUGAAACAGCCAAAAGCAAGAAAAAAAAGAAAACAAAUGUCAGAAGUUCCUCUCCGGACUGUGAAGUCGUUGAUUUAAACGUUGAAGGGUACUCUCCAUUCACCCAACCAAUUGAACUAGAAUCAAAAGUUGCAUCGCCAACUAAUAGCAGUAAUAUGUUAACCAAUCCGUUCCUGUCAUCACCGACUUCUUCGCAGCCCAAUGCGCCAAUUGUAGAUUUAUUUGGUUCACCAACGGAUAACAAACCAGCUGAGCAAUCGCUCACAUCGGCAACAAAAGCAUCAGACGAUCUGUUACAAUUGGGCAAUCCAUUUGCUGAUAUGUUUGGAACUCCAGCCCCAGCUCCGUCAAACGUCCCAGGUGCUAAUAACAUAUGGAUGAGUAAUGGAUUUAAUGGAUCAGCCAGCACAGCAGUUAGUUCGACAACAAGCACAUUUGUUUCAGACAGUAAUUUCUCCACAGUUUUCGGUAAUACGGAGCCAGCAAGAUCAUAUUACUUACAAGCUGCCGGGGAUAAUUCCGCAUUACCAAAUCCAUUUUUUGACUCCGCCGACGAGCAACAAGCGUUACCAUCAGGGGCUACGGCAGCAACUUCUGUGCCGUCACUAUUGCAACAACAGCAACAACCACCUCAUCAGCUAACAGGCUUUGAUGCAUUGGGUGAUGUUUUGAAACCGGCAACAGCAGGAGCCGGCACUACCACCGGUUCCACAAUUCAAACUGGGAAUGUUCUUGCUUCAGGUAGCAUUCAGCAGCAACAACAGAUGCAACAGCAAACACAACAGAGCGCCGCCAGUACUGGAAAAAUAUUAACCGGAGAUUUGGAUAGUUCACUAGCGUCGCUUGUAGAUAAUUUAAAUAUAAAUAAGUCAUCGACUGGCAAGGGUGUGCAAUGGAAUUCACCCAAAAAUGCCGCGAAACCUGGUGCUAAUUGGACACCUCAACCCAUGGCGGCUACGACCGGGGUAGGAUACCGACCAAUGGCUCAAGGCAUGACUGUUAGUCCUACACCAAGCACCUUAAAUCAUCCAUUUGUACACGCUACUUAUCCUGUAUUACCUACGUAUAUGCAGCAAGGAAUUCCACAAAUGCAACCCAUGAUGGGCGCUGCACAACCCAUGGCACCAGGUGCCGUACCAAUGAUGGCACCAAAUAUGAUGGCGAUGGGUGCCCAACCAAUGCCCGCCAUGGUGGCGAAUCCAAUGAUGAUGCCGCAACAAACUGCUGCGCAACCGAAUCCUUCCCAAAACGGAAACAAGACCGUUCAAUUAGAUCCUUUCGGAGCAUUAUAAAUAAUUCUCUACUCAAUAAAUAUAAUUUUUAUUAAAUGUGUUAUUCAAAUUUACAAAUAAAAUGAAAAAAAUGCAAAAAGAGAAGAUACUAUAUACAAGUUUAGGGAGAAGAAAGAUAAAGAUAAAAGUACGUUACAGAUUAAAGUAAAUAUUAUAUGAAAAUCAAGAAGAAAACUUUUAGAUGUAAACUUUGAAUGCAAGAUGAUUUUUGAAGUUUCGUUUGAGUAUGAAUAGUAAUUGUAUUCGAAAAAUAUAUCGCAAGUUUUGAGUUACAAAUAAAUGCAAAUUAUAAUAAUUAUUGAAUUGAGCGAAAAAGAUAGUAGUACGAGAUAAAGUAAUUUAGGAGUUACGAAGGAAACAACAACCACAAUAACUGAAAUGAAUACAAAUCGAAGGAGGUCGUAGUGGACAACAAAUAGAAGGAAUAUAUUUUAGAAACAAUAUUAACUGCUUACAUACGAACGUUUGAAUCGGGCGAGAAUAGUAAUUCCUAAAAGAAAUAUAAAAUAAGAUGUUCUUAUUGCGCAUAACUGCAACCAUAUUGUUAAUAAACGAGAAGAAAAGAAGAAUGUGUAGAGGGAAUAUAAUCUGAAUUGUUAAAACACUCUAGUGUGCGCUUAAACAGUUUCGUUUCUCAUUGAAUCUUGAGAGUAUAAAUGGCAUUCACAAAGUUACGAGAAUAUAAAAAAAUUAGUAUUAAAUGAAACAAAUUGAUGAUUUGCACGUAUGCCGAGGAGAAAUAUGGCAAAUUUGAUUCGAAAUCAUUAAAAAUGUGUUUAUUUAAGUAUUACAAUAUAUUCAAAGCCGGAUUUCGUGGGAUAUAAGCAGGAGAACUGAAUUUUAUUCAAUUCACAGUUUCUAUUCUUCCACGCACCGAAAUUUAUUUAAAAUGGCUGUUAUCGCCAUAAUCAGAUAUUUAUGCGAAUGAAAGCACGAAUUUCUGGGUCUGAAUUUAUUCAAGAUUUUUUUAUUAAAUAAAAUUGUCAACUAGAAAACCGUCGGCUGUUUCUCCUCCUCUGUGGAAAGCAAAUGUCGAUUUGUUCAAAAGCUUCAUAAUUCCCCAGAAAGCGGUAAAUAAAAUUGUGAUUUUCGUAUAUUAUUCUUUCAUUUUUUAUUUAGAAAGAAAUAUUGUACACAAAAAACAAAUAAUGUAUAUAUAAAAUCAAAAUUCGAUGAACCAUUCCACUGUUUACGGAAACGAAUGAAAAGAGCAACAUUGAAUGAUGAUAUCGAUAGCAAUGUCGGUAGAACGAUAAAAGGGGAUGAUCUCAUCUUUUUUCAUUACAACAAAAAAUGUUUUCUACGUCUCAAGUAUGAAGUGCUCAACUGUGUUGUUUACGUUGUUUACCGAGUUAAUUCUGGAUACUUUCUUUGUUGUACUGAAAAAAUGUGAUUGCAUUCAACACAUAAAAAUGUUUUCACUGCAAAAAUUUAGUCGCGACUAUGCUAACGAGUAUGAUAUAGAAAUAAAACACAAAAAGGAUAGUGUAAAUAAUCAAAUUGAGAUAUAAAUUGUAAAACAAAGUAUAUUUUUAUUUCCAAUGAAUGCUUUUUAUUUUUAUGUAUGCUUUCCAGGAUAAAUUUCCUUUAAUUUCUGUUAAUCAAGCAUUUCUUAAGGGUCGUAGCGAAGGAUGUAUGUAAAACAAUAUUGAGGAAAUUAAUAAAGUAGGUUUCAUAAAAGCAAUGGACAAAUUUCUAUAGUUUGAACUGUAACGGCUUUCUUUCUCUUAGACUAAAUUUUCAGUUACGUUACAACCCAUCACUCGCCCAUGUUAACUUUGGUGAUACACUCAUUUCCUCUCUAAUACAGUUUUUCAAUGUAAAUCUUUAAAAUAUAUUCAUGCAUGCAUAUAUACCUACAUAAACUGAAUUAUACAAAAAAUUGAAAUGAAAAUAAUAUUGUAAUUAUGAAAAUAGAGUACUCAAUUAAAAUAUGUUUAUUUUUAAUGAAAAUAUGAUAAUCAGAGAGAAAAACAUAAAAAGAACGAAGAUAAACUAAAUAUAUAUUAUCGAAUUAAGUAAAAAUGAGAUAAAAGAUGAAACUAUACAUAUAUGAACGAAUGCAGAAUAUUUUUUCUGGUUAAAAAAAAUGAAAACAAUACAAAAAUCUACAAAAACAAAAAAGUUAUAGAUGAAAACGUAAUUAUAGCCGCCUAAAAAAUGAAAAUAAUAUUGUUGGAAUUCACAAAUAAAUUAUUUCAAGUGGAAA